AAAAAACUUGCGCAGCGAUUUGAUAAUGCGAUGGUGAUGCGCACAAACAGCUGAUCUCUGAUCUGGUUACGAAAUGUAGACGCAUAUUUCUUGUACUUAAUUCAUUAUGGGGACUUCAAACGCAGUUUCCCAGAUCUCAGUUGAAGUGUUUAUUGUGACCUAAGAAAAACAACGCAAUCUAGAUGUUGUGUAGAUCAACCAUCCCACACAAGUGAGAUCACUCUUGGACAAUUUAGCCUGUCGCUGCUCGGUUUGCAGACUCCCUCCGUCAUGGGAUCAGUCAAGUCUCCAUCCUCUGAGGUGCAGCAGCUGUUGCAGAGCCAGGCCUCGGUCUUGGACCAGCUGAUCCAGGGUGGUGGGCCAUUUGACCUGCUGCUUCAGCAGGUUCUGCAGCAACAGGACGGGGGCAGAGAGCAAAGCACAGACGUCUCCAAACAACAACUGAAGGCUUCGGACUCUCUCCUGUGUGAUGUCAUCAAGAGAAUGGGGGCGGAGCUAGAGGGGGGUUCCUCGCAGUGCGGCCUGCAGGAAACAGAACUUGAGGUUUGUCUGGUCUCCCGCAUGGAGCAAGUCCUUGAGGCGUGCAUCCUGAGGCUGAGGGGCAAAAUCUGCUCCCUGGAGGCUCUGACUGCUCUCUCAAUGGUCUUCUCUCCUAGCAUCAGCUUCAACAGAACAGAAACAUGGUCUUCUCGAUCAGUCUACUCCAAGACCUCGGUUCUAGCCCAGACCAUUAACUACUUUGGCAGUUGUGACGGUUUUGAGUUGGUGCGACGUCAGCUAAGGAAUGCUAGAGAUCUCUCCAUCGGCCACAUCGCUGCCCUGCUCAGACCCUUUGGUCAGUGUUACCCACAACUAUCAGCAGACACGGUCAAGAGCUACUUCCUACCCACGGUGGAUCUAGUGUGUUCUCACCUCCUCUCCUGCUCGGAUCGUCAGCUGUUCCAGCAAGACAUCCCUGCCGGGGAGCUACCUUCAUGUCUUAUCGGGCCCCGUGCAGCCUAUGUCAUAGUUGAGUCUGUGAUGAAUCUUCUGUCGGUGGUCAAAUCUGAAGAGGUGGAUGCAGAGGUCAAGGUGCAAUACUGGCAGGAAACUAUUCUGACCAGGCUUAAACAUGCAACAGAAGAGGAUGCGAAAUCUGCCUCUAUAGCAACCAGAAACGACUCUCCAACAACAGACUUACAGCGGGAGAAAUUGCUUCACGCUUGCAUGCCAAAGAGUCUCAAAGACACGGACGCUAAAGAUGGUGGCUUGCAUCCAGAGACUAAUACACCUGGCUGUAGUGGUGAGGAUAAACCCUCCACGUCAGGACACGAGGCAGCGCAAGAGGCUUUGGAGGUUAAUAUCUUACCGUACGGCCCUUUGACGUACGCUCACAGUGAUUCCUCCUCUAGUGACCAUGAUGCCCACCCUCACGCGCUGCCUUCGAUCAGCGUCAUUCCCCAAGAGGUGAUAAUCCGUGGACAGGGACCCUAUCAUGAGGUCAUCCCAGUGGGCACUAUGGCCUAUCAGAGUGAUACCUCCGCAGGACCGUCGGUCGUCGUGGGCCUGGGGACCCUCCCUCAUCGCAACGACUCCAGCGACAGUUCUUCCCUGGUUUCCUCGGUGCCACGCUCGGCCAGCGAGCUGGGUAAUAGCUGCCGGGUGUGCUUCGAAGCUGAGACCUCGCCCAAGAACCGGCUGAUACGCCCCUGCCGCUGCGCGGGUUCAUCCGCCAGCAUUCACCGCCAGUGCUUGGUCAAGUGGAUUCACAUCUCGGGCAAUCGACGAUGCGAGGUCUGCAACGCGAGGUUCAGCUACGUGCCCCUCUCGGAGCGGAUGCGGGGAUUCAUGGAGAAGUUCCGACAGAAUAGGAGAUGGCGCAAUGCAGCCUUUGCCGUUUUAGUCGGUCUGGUGGUCAUACUGUACCUCAUCAUCUUUGCAGUGUUUCCCGGUGGCAUCAUGAACGUAUAAUGACAACCUUCGUUAGAGAGAAGUCUGGGAUUUACUCCUGGCACCCGGUAUGCACGUACACAAAUGCAACGCAAAGAACCAGUGGAUGGUCUGGUACUGUAGAUCCAUUAUGUGGAUUGGCAGUCCUGUUUUGAGUACUCACAGUAUAUGAUGUUACUGAAUGUCAACAAGCUCACCUCACUUCUCUUGUAUUUUUCAUACUUCCUGUUUAUUGCCUUGUUUUCUUUUUCCAUUCUGAAAUUUCUGUGUACAAAUGUAUAUGUAUAGUUAGGAAAGAUUCUAACAAUUAUUUUGUGUUUGUUGGGUGGGGGCCAGAAUGGGCCCAAUUUCACGGCGCUGCUAAGCACACAAUUUUUGGCUUACAGAGCCUCCGUCUAUUUCAUGGAGACUGUAAGCAUAAGCACAGCAAAAGGCACGCUUACUUCGGAGGAAAAAUUUGCUUAACUUAGUGACGUAACAAUAGAAAUCUCCAUGCACGCGCGACCGUUAACACAUCCACACCGUGAAAUAAUGCUUAAGCUAGGUUAGCAAAUUGCUCUGCUAUGCUAAGCACAACUUUUCUGCUAACUGUUCAGCAGCGCCGUGACAUUGGGCGCUGUUUCUGAGAGGUCUCUUGGCAAGAGGAGUAUUUUACUUUUACUUGGAUGGAAAAAGACCAGGAACUCGUCAGCACAAAAAUGUGCUAAGCUCAGGAAAAAUAGCUUAGCAAAAACAGAUCACCAUCCAAAUUGUCAUUCAAUGUGUACUGCAUGUGACUGGUACUCAGCUGAGUUUUGCUAAGCGCGUUAAUUUGCUAAUUAAGAUUUUCUGCUACGUGGUUCCAUGGAAUUGCACCCAGUUGUCAAGUUCAUUUGUACUUAUCACCCUAACCGUGUGGUCUGGUGACAAAAAAUUUCUUUGAAAUUGAACAUGAUGUUGAUGUGUGCAGCAUAGAGAUGGAAGAAGAAAGAAACUGAGGAUCCCGACUUUUUGAUACUUUCUCUGAGGAUUGUAACAUAUUUUGUUUAUAUUUUAGAAUCAGAGCUGAUACCAACCAACCAACCAACCAUAAUAGGAUGGUACCCUGUCCUUUAAUGUGAAGGAGGCCCUCUAGUGACAGCACAAAAUUGCCUUGUCCCUAGAGGGCCUCUUUCUAAUCGAUGUCAACAUUGCAAACUGCAGUAUUGCAUACAUUUUCCCUCAAAAAUCUCCAGUAGAGACAUGAAACAAAGUGAGAAGACAGUUUUGCUGACAAUACGUUUGUAAAAAAAGGCGUCAAGAUUCUACUUUCUUUCCCCAAACCUAAACACUGCCCUCUUUCAACGACAUUCUUGUUGGAUUUCAACAAUGCUAACUCGAUAGGUAAAUGAAA